UUUGAAUGUAUGAACUUAGUAUCUUCCGACAAAGCAGCUGGCUGAUGAUCUUCGUGAGGCUGCCCUGCAUGCGACAGGUUCUCUCUGUUCCCGCUUUCAAAUCUUUGUUGACAAUUUGAUCAUAAACUCCUUUAGGGAACUGAUUUUCUUCUGAGUUUGUGUGCAUCAUAGAUUUUUGGAUCAUGUUGUUUAGGAAAUUUGGAGAGUUUUUGAUCGUUAUUUCCAUUUUAUCUGCCCUUUUCUCACUUGGAUAUCCUACAAAUUUUAUGUUUGUCUUUUUUGGUAACGUCUCAAAAAUUGUUCUUAGGCACUGUUUACUGUUCACUUUUCCUCAUCCAUUUUUUUUUCCACCCCAUUUCUCAGAUGGAGAAGGAAGCGCAAGGAAUUCAUCUCUACACCUAGACCACAGUUGUACUGGCAGAAACGCUCUAAAAGUAACUAUUUUGGAACUCUGGAGUCUAUUUUAAUACUUGUGUCUUCCAGGAGACAGCUUGGCUGGCAUUGAGAAAAUAUUUAAUCAUUCAUGAUUUGAUCUUCAUUCUUGAGUUAUGGAUGACAAGGCUUCUGUUGGAAAAAUCAGUGUCUCCUCAGACUCGGUGUCCACUCUUAAUAGUGAAGAUUUUGUCUUGGUUUCCAGGCAAGGGGACGAAACACCAUCUACAAAUAAUGGAAGUGAUGAUGAGAAAACGGGACUCAAGAUUAUAGGCAAUGGAAGUGAGCAGCAGCUGCAGAAAGAGCUAGCAGACGUGCUGAUGGAUCCUCCAGUGGACGACCAGCUGGGCGACAAAGAACUUCUGGAAAGGCCCCAGUUGGACGGUGAAGGAGAUGGGCCUCUUCCUAGUCAGCUUUCAGCUUCAUCCACCAUUAACCCUGUGCCGUUAGCUGGGCUCCAGAAGCCAGAAAUGAGCCUGCCCGUGAGACCUGGACAAGGAGAUUCUGAAGUGUCGAGUCCUUUCACUCCUGUGGCUGAGGAGGACAGCGUGGUUUUCAGUAAACUGACUUACUUAGGCUGUGCUUCUGUGAACGCCCCCCGGAGUGAAGUGGAGGCCUUGAGGAUGAUGUCCAUCCUGCGGAGCCAGGGUCAGAUUUCCCUGGGCGUCACCCUGUCCGUGCCCAGUGUGUCCGAAGGGACUGUGAGACUCUUAGAUCCUCAGACAAACACUGAAAUAGCCAACUACCCCAUCUACAAGAUCCUCUUCUGCGUCCGCGGGCAUGAUGGAACUCCUGAGAGUGACUGUUUUGCUUUCACAGAAAGUCAUUAUAAUGCAGAACUCUUCAGAAUACAUGUCUUCCGGUGUGAAAUACAAGAAGCUGUCAGCCGCAUACUUUACAGUUUUGCUACUGCCUUCCGCCGUUCGGCUAAGCAGACUCCCCUUUCCGCUGCUGCGCCGCAGACUCCUGAGAGCGACAUCUUUACCUUCUCUGUGUCUUUAGAGAUCAAAGAAGAUGAUGGUAAAGGUUAUUUUAGCGCUGUUCCCAAGGACAAGGACAGACAAUGUUUUAAACUGCGCCAAGGAAUUGAUAAGAAGAUUGUCAUCUAUGUGCAACAAACAACCAAUAAAGAACUUGCCAUUGAAAGGUGUUUUGGUCUUCUCCUUAGCCCAGGAAAAGAUGUGCGAAAUAGUGACAUGCACUUGUUAGAUUUGGAAUCUAUGGGCAAAAGUUCUGAUGGAAAGUCCUAUGUUAUUACUGGGAGCUGGAAUCCAAAAUCCCCACAUUUUCAAGCUAUAAAUGAAGAAACGCCUAAAGGUGAUACAGAUAAAGUGCUAUUUAUGACCACAGCUGUUGAUUUGGUAAUUACAGAAGUACAGGAGCCGGUUCGAUUUCUCUUAGAGACAAAAGUUCGCGUUUGCUCACCCAAUGAGAGAUUAUUCUGGCCCUUCAGCAAGCGUAGUACUACUGAAAACUUCUUCCUGAAACUAAAGCAGAUAAAGCAGAAGGAGAGAAAGAGUAACACUGACACUUUAUAUGAAGUUGUGUGUUUGGAAAGUGAAUCUGAGAGAGAGAGGAGGAAAACUACAGCCAGUCCUUCCGUUCGCCUGCCGCAGUCUGGAUCCCAGAGUUCAAUGAUUCCUUCUCCUCCAGAAGAUGACGAAGAGGAAGAUAACGAUGAACCUCUCUUGAGUGGAUCUGGUGAUGUGUCCAAAGAGUGUGCAGAAAAAAUUCUUGAAACAUGGGGAGAACUGCUGUCCAAGUGGCACCUGAACUUGAGCGUAAGGCCAAAGCAGUUGCCAUCGUUAGUAAGAAGCGGUGUGCCGGAAGCCCUCCGCGGAGAGGUGUGGCAGCUGCUGGCGGGCUGUCACAACAACGAUCAGCUGGUCGAGAAGUACCGGAUCCUCAUCACCAAGGAGUCCCCUCAGGACAGCGCUAUCACUCGAGAUAUCAAUCGGACAUUCCCAGCGCAUGACUACUUCAAGGACACUGGAGGAGAUGGGCAGGAUUCCUUAUAUAAAAUAUGCAAGGCCUAUUCGGUGUAUGAUGAAGAGAUUGGCUACUGCCAGGGCCAGUCGUUUCUCGCUGCUGUGCUGCUCCUGCACAUGCCUGAAGAACAGGCAUUCAGUGUUCUGGUCAAGAUCAUGUUUGACUAUGGACUCAGGGAACUUUUCAAGCAAAAUUUUGAAGAUUUGCAUUGCAAAUUUUACCAGCUGGAGCGCCUCAUGCAGGAGUGCAUUCCUGACCUGUACAACCACUUCCUGGACAUCAGCCUUGAAGCACACAUGUACGCCUCGCAGUGGUUUCUGACACUCUUCACUGCCAAGUUCCCACUCUACAUGGUGUUCCACAUCAUCGACCUGCUCUUAUGUGAGGGAAUCAGUGUUAUUUUUAAUGUCGCCCUUGGAUUGUUAAAGACGUCCAAGGAUGAUCUACUGUUGACUGACUUUGAAGGUGCCUUGAAGUUCUUCAGGGUUCAGCUUCCCAAGAGAUACCGCUCAGAAGAAAAUGCAAAAAAGCUGAUGGAAUUAGCUUGCAACAUGAAGAUCAGUCAGAAGAAGUUAAAAAAAUAUGAGAAAGAGUAUCACACCAUGCGGGAACAGCAGGCCCAACAAGAGGACCCCAUCGAGCGAUUUGAGAGGGAGAAUAGACGUCUACAAGAAGCUAACAUGAGGUUGGAACAGGAAAAUGAUGACUUGGCCCAUGAGCUGGUGACCAGCAAGAUUGCCCUGCGCAAGGACCUGGAUAACGCUGAAGAAAAGGCCGACGCGCUGAAUAAGGAGCUGCUGAUGACCAAGCAGAAGCUGAUUGACGCGGAAGAAGAGAAGAGACGGUUGGAAGAUGAGUCUGCUCAGUUGAAAGAAAUGUGCCGCCGGGAACUCGACAAGGCGGAAUCUGAGAUUAGAAAAAACAGUUCCAUCAUCGGUGACUACAAGCAGAUUUGUUCACAGUUGAGUGAAAGAUUGGAGAAGCAGCAGACGGCUAAUAAAGUAGAAAUUGAGAAAAUUCGGCAAAAAGUGGAUGACUGUGAGCGCUGCCGGGAAUUCUUCAGCAAAGAAGGGCGUGUGAAGGGCAUCCGCGCAGCCCAGGAGGUGUCAGAGCAGGAUGCUGACGAGGAGAAGGAGCUGCUGAGGAACCAGCUGAGGGAGAUGGAGCUGGAGCUGGCCCAGACCAAGCUGCAGCUGGUGGAGGCCGAGUGUAAGAUCCAGGACCUGGAGCACCAUUUAGGCCUCGCCCUCAGUGAGGUGCAGGCAGCCAAGAAGACAUGGUUCAACCGAACUCUGAGCUCCAUCAAGACGGCAACCGGGGUCCAGGGGAAGGAGACGUGCUGAGCACCGCCACUGCCCCGACUCCUCGGGACACAACACCUCUCGAUGCCUUCUUCGGCCAGACGUGUGAUUCUGUGACAUGUCCCAGGACCAGAAAGGACUGAAGUGCGGCCUGUAGACACAUGUUGGUAGGUCCCUGGAGUUUACCGAGCAGGCAGCCCCUGGGGCCGGCGCGCCUAACAACUCACACACCGAAGACACUCCUCGGCGUGGCCCCUGAGCCUCGG